AUGGAGACCGAGCCUGGGCGACGAGUCCCUGAUGACUCGCCAGUGGAGGCCAUGCAUACCAACACCUCUCCCCUCCAUGAACAGUCUCCGACGCGCGACUCGGACGAGACAUCUAAGAUAACCCACGAUUCCAUGGUCACCGUCCGACUUUCCGAGCCCCCUUCCCUGACCGUCGACACCACUUUUGCCGAUGCCAACGUCUCCACCCCCCAACGACCGAACACGGUACGACUCGACAAGACACCUCUAUCCACGCCUCUAUCCGAAGUUGCGGGAGGAGAGAGCGGGUAUUCAGACGUACAUUGUCAAGAGGAGGAGGACUCGGUUGGCCUUUCAACCCCUCUCUCGGUUCCUAAUGGCAUCCGCAGCAUAGAGGACGAGCUGUCAGAGAGUGAGGAACGCGACCGAGAGGAGGCGAAACAACAGGAGGAACAACAGACAGAGGAAUCAGAGGAGGGAAACCGCCGCUCCUCUGUGUCCGAGGAGGUGAAUUGGGAGCAGCUUCAGAAGAGCGAAGCUGAAGAACCAAAAGACGAGGAUACAGAUAGGUCUACGGCUAUGCUACUGGCAAUGCUCGAAAAAGAAAACGCCAAGCUGGCUACGAACCCCAAAAGCGUUAAAGUCCGAGCCGCCGAACCCUCUGUCUCGUCAUCUUCUCCACGACCGAGGCCCCCCUCCAUGGCCCAGCUGCGACAGAUGGUCAACGGGCCGACCCCGCCGGCCCUGCGGUACUCGAUGCUCCCGCCGCCGCCGAUGACCGACCUUGAGUUCUACGCCGCCCUGGUGAAGGACUACCAGCAGACCGCCGCUCGGUUACCCACCCUCCUCUCCAACAAGAUCCGAAAGGGAAUCCCCCCGCCGUUACGAGGCGUCGUGUGGCAGAGCAUGGCGGGGGCUCGCGACGCGGCGUUGGAGGAGCAAUAUGAGACGUUGUCGGGGGAAUCCAGCCCCUACGAACCCAUCAUCGGCAAGGACUUGGGGAGGAGUUUCCCUGGCGUCGACAUGUUCAGGGAUCCCGAGGGCGAUGGCCAGCGUAUGCUGGGCAAGGUGCUGAAAUGCUUCAGCCUCUACGACCAGAAGAUUGGCUAUUGUCAGGGAUUGGCUUUCCUCGUCGGCCCGUUGCUUAUGCACAUGCCGGACAAACAAGCAUUCUGCGUAUUGGUCCGAUUGAUGGAACGGUACGAUUUGACGAGCUGUUUCCUCCCGGAUCUGUCCGGUUUACACAUCCGCAUUUACCAGUUCCGUGAGCUCCUGCACGAGCUUCUGCCAAGCCUGGCGCGGCACUUGGAGGACCUGCAGGUUGACCCGGCCUACGUUUCACAGUGGUUCCUUAGCUUCUUCGCCGUAACGUGCCCGCUCCCCAUGCUGUUUCGCAUUUACGACGUAAUAUUCGCCGAGGGUGCGCCCGAGACCCUGAUGCGGGUCGCCUUGUCGCUCAUGCGGAAAAACGAGGCUCGUAUUCUCGCCUGCAGCGAGCUCGAGGAUGUCAUGCAACUUCUGCUAUCGCGUGGCCUGUGGGACUGCUAUCAUUACAACGCCGACGAGUUUGUCCAGGACUUUGUUAGCCUGACCGGCGUGGUUAGCCGAGAGAAGCUACUGCAGCUCGAGCAGGGGUGUCGCGAAGCGCAGAUUGCGACCGCCAACGCCGCCCGCACGUCGGACGUGGCCACCGCGGCGUCCCGUUUCCUCGGUCGCAUUUGGGCCGUCUCGCCCCCGAAACCUUCCAGCCUCAGCCCCGGCCUCUACGCCCCGUCGCGUCCGCUGAGCAUGCUGCGGCGGAGCACGUCUAAACAGAGCCUUGCUUCCACCCUCAAUUCCAUGGAGGCCAGCUCCGCCAGCGUGGCGAGCUCUGCUUCCACCGAGGCCACCGCGGCUUCCCGGGAUUCUUCGACUACCACGGCCGACGACACCGUGUCGACCAGGCAAGCGAACCCUACGAGCACUUUGAAAAACACCGAGGAGCGAAACCUGCAUUCGCAGAUCGAAGACCUCCUGACCGCGUUGAGCGAGCUACAGCGAAACCAUGCGCUUCUCGUCUCCGAAUUGCAGAAGGAGCGUGAGGAACGUGAAGAAGAUAGACAAGCCGUCCGAUCACUUCUCGAAGGUCUACGGAAGAGAGCGAGCAACGAUUCGGUCGGCACUGAGGCGAGUGCUGAGACGGUGAAGGUGAAGGCCACUGAGCUGGAAGAACCGAGCGCUCCACCGAUCAAGAGCGAGAGCGAGAGCGGCAGCGACAGCGGCAGCGACAGGAGCGUCGACCAAGCUAAGAAAAGGUCCGGUGCACAAAAGAAGGGAGAAAAACCAAAAGAACAAAGAGAAGGAGGAGAACCUGAAGAAAAAUCAAUACACGAUGAUGAUGACGAUGAGGCGGACGACGUCAACACGACACCGUCGGCGCAAGAACUGUCACAGCUUCUUGACGUCGUUGAACAGAGAUUUGGAUCGGUUGGAGCGGUAGACACGGCUCGUCGCAGGUCAUCGACGAUCCGAUCCAAGUCACAGCUGCAAGAGGAGCUAAGCCGGGCCAAAGACCAGCUGGCCAGCGCCGUCUCACAAAGCCAAGAAUACGGCCGGAGCAUUUGUGACAUGAGCCAAGAGAUCUCAUCACUGAAGGAUCAGCUGAAGGAGAGUCAUGCGCACGCGAGAAACAUGCACCAGGAUAAACAAAGGUUGGAGAGGCAAAUCCACUCGAUGAGGACUCGCACAUCGUCGGCCUCGUCGCGCGCCGAGACGAACAACAACAGGACGGCGGGGAGCGAGUGGCCCCGAGCAGCAGCACCGGCCAACGGCGGACUCCGGGAGUUGAAACUGGGCAGAAGCAAAUCGACGCCCGCUCACACGCCGGCGGCCUCGUUCAGCAAGAGGACGUCGUCGCUGCCGCAGCCGCACUUGCAGGAGACGAUGGCGCCAGGGCCGGUCACUGCCGCAACCACCACAGCACCACCACCACCCGCACCGCCGGGAAUCGACCACGACGUGUUGCUUCUGGAGCUGGUGCAGGCCAAGACGGCGGAGGCCAUCGCCAAGCAGGAGGCGGAGGAAGCAAAGCAGAAGCUGGAGAGUCUGAAAAAAGCCUACGGCCUGGGUCCCGGCGACUCCUCUUUGCUGCCGGUGCCGACACAGGGCGCGGCGGCGAACCCAGCACAGGCCGUGUCGGCGGCCGUGGGGGUUUUCAACAGGCUCACGGGAGGCGGCGGGGUGGAUGCGACCAAGACGACGGCGGGUGCGGCUCCCGCGUUGGCUCGGACUGCGAGCUCGACUGCGGUGGCGGCGCCUGCGACGGCGUCGGCGGGAGGAUUCUGGGCAUGGCGGAGAACAUGA